GAAGAAUCCACAGCACAUCACCGGAUUGUCCUCUCCCCACUGACCGAGAGCCAGAGACCGGGCUGUGACUGUCCACCUCUGGGUGUUUCCUUUGGAUUAGACAAUCUUUACUCAUCCAGACUCCUGCCACCCUGCCUGCUGAUCCACAGCUUGUUUCUGCCUUGUUAGCAGCGAUGAGGUCCCGGCUUCUGCUGCCUGUGCCCCACUUGCCGACAAUUCGGGAAACUUCGGAAGAGUUAUCACAUGGGGCACCAGGGCAAGAACCCCCAACUUCUCCCAGCCUGGAUGAUUAUGUUAGAUCUAUCUGUCAGCUGGCACAGCCCACCUCAGUGCUGGACAAGGUCAUAGUCCGGAACCAACCCCAGAGACCCUACCGGCCAGCCAGGACUAGAGAGAAGAGAUGCCAGGUCGAGUCUCAAGGGGACAGCUCUCCUUGCUUCAGCAGCCCUCAGCCCCAGCUGCCCUCUCCUGGCAAUGACAACCCUCUGGACUGGCUCUUUGGGAAGUCCCAGGAACAACAGCCUGAGAGGAGAGACCCACCCAAUGGGACCAGCUCUUCGGAUCACUGGGGUGUGCACAAACAGAUGGACAAGGACACGGGGAGGCUCUGUGAGGCCAGGGUACCCGAGUGCUCUCUGGGAAGAAAAUCGGGGCAUAGGCAGACCUCCAACCUGAAAAGCUGGACUUCUAGAAAGUCUCACCCGGCCUUAGCCUCUGUCUCCGGCUCCCGCCCCAGCAGCAUCCUCAGCACCCUGUACUUGCACCUCCCAGUGAUUCAUGAACUCUAACCCUCCUGGCAGGUCUGCAGGAACUGGACAAUUCCUAGUGAGACCCAUCAUCUAAAGAAUGAUGACAGUCUGGUUCCCACAAUGCAACCUGACUGGUACCAUCUGCCUGUGAGUGGCUGGCUGGUGACCUUGAAAGAGUGUCUUUGUGUCUCUGUUCCUUAGUUUUUAUCAUGGUUUAAAUGACUGUGCGCAGAGUGACCAACUCCCAGAUUGCUCUAAUGUGGAAAUGUGUGUUGUACUCUGGGUGGCUGCCACGGUCUCACAUGAAACCAAGGGUCAAGGGUCAAAGGGGGAGGGUCUCAGCUCCCUGCGGUUUCAACCUUUCUAAUGCUGUGACCCUUUAAUACAGUUCCUCAUGUUGUGGUGACCCCAACCACAAAAUUAAUUUUGUUGCUAUUGUAAUUUUGCUACUGUUA